UUCUCUCUGAUAAAUUUUGAGCAACAGAGAGGAUCACAGAGACGAAAAUGGUGAAGUUCUCUAAGCAAUUUGAGGCACAAAUAGUCCCAGAAUGGAAGGAAGCUUUUGUUGACUAUUGGCAGCUCAAAAAAGACAUUAACAACAUCAAUCUCCAUAACAACACCAACAAAACCACUUCCAUUGACAACUCUGUUUUCUCCUCCAUUAGAAAACUAUCUUUCUUUGGUCAUUACCAAAGAGAGCAUGGUGUCAUUCAAGUUCAUAAGAAACUCGCUUCGUCAGCCAGCACGGGGGAUAUGUACCAGACAGAGUUACUCGAGCAUUUCGCUGAUACUGAUGCGGAUGCAGAGUUCUUCGCCCGGUUGGACCUCCAGCUUAACAAGGUGAAUCAAUUUUAUCGUAACAAGGAGAAGGAGUUUAUCGAGAGAGGUGACUCGUUAAAGAGGCAAAUGGAGAUUCUCGUGGAGCUCAAGGAAGUUUUAAAGCAACAACAACGCGAUAAAUGCUCGAAAGAAGAAGUCUCUAUUUCGGGCUUGAUAUCAUGUGAAAAUGAGGAAGAGUCAAACAGGGGAAAAACAGAGCAUGAACAGGGGAUGGAGAAUGGAGUAGAAAAUGUGGAAACUCCAAAGUCAGAUGAUAAUGGAAAGUCAAUUAGGGUGCAAAGGGAAGAUGGGAAAAUGAGGGCAGGCCUUUCAGGCCAAGUUUUCACUUUUCAAGGUAGAAAUUUAAAGAUGAAGAUUCCUUUGAUCAACCCCUCUCGAGCAUUCUCAGCCAUCAGUUACCUCGUAUGGGAUGAUCUCGUCAGCCAAUCGUCGAAGAAAAUCGGGGGAGAACGAGCCAUGCUUCACAUCAACAAACCAAAGCUUCACCAUGCAGAGAAGAUGAUCAAGGGUGCUAUGAUUGAACUCUACAAAGGUUUAGGUUACCUUAAAACUUACAGGAACUUGAAUAUGAUGGCUUUUGUAAAGAUUAUGAAGAAAUUUGACAAAGCCACUAACAAGCAAGUCCUCCCAAUUUACCUCAAAGUGGUUGAAACCUCUUACUUCAACAGCUCAGACAAGGUCACGAAGUUGUCGGAUGAGGUCGAGGAAAUAUUCAUCAAAUACUUUGCCCAUGAAGACCGAAGGAAGGCCAUGAAAUACCUCAAACCGACUCAACGCCAAGAAUCCCAUGGAGUGACUUUCUUCAUAGGGCUCUUUGCGGGAAGUUUUGUUGCGCUUCUAGUUGGAUAUGUGAUCAUGGCUCAUAUUAUUGGAAUGUAUGGACCUCGGCCAGACACGAUCUACAUGGAAACCGUCUACCCUGUUUUUAGCAUGUUCAGCCUGAUGUUUCUGCACUUCUUCUUAUACGGAUGCAACACCUUCAUGUGGAGAAAGGCGCGUAUAAAUUACAGCUUCAUCUUUGAGUUUAAAUCGACGAAAGAGCUGAAAUAUAGAGAUGUUUUCCUCAUAUGCACCACAUCGAUGACUGUCGUAAUGGGAGUUUUGUUUGUUCAUUUGACCCUUGUGGCUAAAGGGUACUCCUACGCUCAAGUCCACGCAAUCCCUGCCUUCUUGUUGUUGGCGUUAUUGCUAGUGCUUGUGUGUCCAUUCAACGUUGUUUACAAAUCAAGCCGAUACUGCUUACUUCGUGUUAUAAGGAACAUCGUCUUAUCGCCUCUAUACAAGGUUGUCAUGUUAGAUUUUUUCAUGGCUGAUCAACUUUGUAGCCAGGUGCACAUGUUAAGGGACCUUGAGUAUGUAGCAUGUUACUAUAUGACAAGAAGCUACAAGAAUCAGGAUUGGGAUUAUUGUAGGAGGACUAAAUAUUAUAGUGAUCUUGCCUAUGCAGUCUCAUUCCUCCCAUAUUAUUGGAGAGCCAUGCAGUGCGCUCGAAGGUGGUUUGACGAAGGCCAAACGAGCCACCUAGUGAAUCUAGGAAAAUACGUAUCAGCAAUGCUGGCAGCAGGUGCUAAAUUGGCUUACGAGAAAGAAAAGAGUGGCGGUUGGUUCUUCAUUGUAGUAGUCAUCUCGAGUGGUGCAACUGUGUACCAAUUGUAUUGGGACUUUGUAAAGGAUUGGGGUUUGCUUCAACCGCGGUCCAAGAACCCUUGGCUUAGAGACGAAUUAUUGCUUCGUCGAAAAUUCAUUUACUACAUCUCCAUGGGACUUAACCUAGUUCUGCGACUCGCUUGGAUGCAAACGGUUCUCCAUUACAAGUUCGGAAAAGUCGAUCACAGAAUAACCAAUCUAUUUUUAGCUGCCCUUGAAGUCAUCAGGAGAGGACAAUGGAACUUCUAUAGGUUGGAGAAUGAGCACCUAAAUAAUGCUGGAAAGUUCAGAGCUGUAAAGACAGUGCCUCUCCCUUUCCAUGAAGUGGAUGAGGAAGACUGAUGCCCCCAUUAUUGGGAAGAACAUUAGUUUACAGAAUUUUAGCAUACUUAUGGAAGCCAUUGAUCUACGAAAAAGUUUGUGGAAUAGAAAAAUCCAACGCUCUUCUGUCAUGGUUUGGGAUUAGAUUCGCGGUUAAAGAAAAUUAUCAAAUAAUAUUCUAUCAUGUGUUAUCCUUAUUUGAAAUGUUUUGGUUGAUUGUCAUCAAAAGAAGACAACAGACAAUAAGAUAAUGUUGACAUGAAAAACUUGAAAUUUUUUAUAAUAAGCUUGGACAGCUUCAAGUUCUCUAUGUUUUGCUAAUGCUUGCUCCAAAUAUAUAUGAUUUCCCAUAUGCUAACUAACUAGGAUUAUGG